UCUUGCAUCGCGUAGUUCUCUGAGCAGAGCACAGCCGUCACAGAGUGUUAAAAAAAGACUUUAUCACAUCUGAAUCUUCAGCAUUUUGUCAACAAGGAUCAACAAGGUGAGGACCACGCGCCAUGGCCCCUAAGUACAAGUUCACGUACUUUAACGCGAGAGGUCGUGGCGAGCUGAUCCGGCUAAUCUUCGCCGCAGCAGGGGUGGAAUUCGAGGAUGUCAGGUUCAACUUCGAACAAUGGUUUGCCUUCAAGGCCAAAGGAACGACCCCGAUGGGCCAGAUGCCGGUUCUGGAGGUGGAUGGACAGAUGAUGUGUCAGAGUCUGGCCAUCGCUCGCUACGUCGCCAGGGAAAACGGUCUGUGCGGGAAGACCAGCUGGGAGGAGGCGCAGGCUGACAUGCUUGUGUGCGGGGCUGACGACCUCCUGACCAAGCUGAUAAAAGUUCGUUUCGAAAAAGACGAGGCUAAGAAGGAAGAGGGAAAGAAGGAUCUGGCCACGUAUGUCCCCAACUUCCUCGCCAACUACGAGAAACUCUGCGGAUCUGACGGGUAUCUUGUCGGCAAAAGUUUGACCUACGCUGACCUGGCGUUCUUCAACGUGAUGCACGACAUCCUGCAGGUGACCAGCCUGGACAAAUACCCCCGUCUGGCGCGGGUAGUGGAGAGCGUCACGGCCCACACGGGGGUGGCUGCCUGGCUCGGCAAGCGUCCUGACACGCCCUCGUAGGGCAAGAAACAAAUCCAAUGCGAUUUCAGAGCAGCAGAACUGAAAAUAUA